AUCGCUCCACCUACAUAGUACUGCCCGCCUAUAACUGUAUGGAGCGUCCGAUUUUGUAACUGUGGGAUGCGUCGUCGUAUGCAUCGAAAACGAAACUAGGAGUUUGGAAAAGGGUCAGUUGAGACACAGAAUAACGGGAAUGACUUGGUGUAAUGGCCGAAGGAGGUGACGUUACAUCAGUCAAAGACGGAUCAGAUGCUGACUUUGAUAUUGUCUGUACUCCGUGUGGAGAAGGCAACAUCAGAGAAGAAGCUGUCAAAUAUUGCCCUGACUGUCAGGAGUAUCUAUGUGCAACAUGUACAAUACAUCAUGGUCGUUUAAAGGCUACACGUUCCCAUAACGUACUUGACAGAAACGCUGCCAAGCAAGCGUCUGUGAUUGCCGUGACAACAAAAUGUCGUUAUCAUCCAGACCGAGAUAUCGAGAUGUACUGUGCAGGGCAUGACAUGAUUUAUUGUCUGAAGUGCAUAGCAACUGAUCACAGGGCCUGCAGUGGAGUGACUGGUAUAGAAGAAAUAAAGACAUCGUCUAUUCAACAAAUGGAUGUAGAUCGUUUACAGCAUGACACAAGAAACAUUCAAGACUGUUUAGCAGACACUGAUAAAACGACACAGAAAAACAUCGAUUGCAUUGAAGAGCAAAGAGAUUGCAUACUUACCAAAAUCGAAGCAGUCGAGCGGAGCUUGAUAGAACAUAUCCGCAAAUUAAAACGUGAAGCCGUGGAUACUUUGAAUAAGGACUAUACUUUGGUCAAGGAAGAACUGAAGUCUAGUAUCGCCCUGAUCGCAAAUAAGAAAAUAGAAAUAGAGAAUGCAAGCAGCCAGUUCCAAACAUUUACCAGUAUGGAUGCGGGACAGCAGUUUGUUCAUAUGAAACUGAUACAAAAGACUGUAAAUGAUGCAGUAAAAUUGGUUGAAGACAGCGAGGCAAAAGGUAUUAAAGCUUUAUGUUUUUCAGAAAAUACAGAUUUAAAGACUUCAGUUAUGACAGCAACAUCUUUAGGAGGUGUGAAUACAGUUACAGAAAACGAACGUGAAACUGCUCAAAGGGUAUAUGAGGUGAAAUCUAAGAAGGAGAUCAAUAUCAAAAUGCAAAACGACCGUGACACGUGUUACAUAUCUGAUGUAUGUCAGCUACAGGACGGUACGAUCAUACUGGCUGACUGCGAUAAUAGGAAGAUUAAGAGGCUUGAUAUGAAUUACAACAUCAAGGAUCAUUGUGACCUAGGCUACUAUCCCAAGGGUAUCUGUUGUACUGGAGUGUAUAUCAAAAUCCCCUUGAUCAAAAUCCCCUCCACUGAAAAAUGACUGGGUGUUACAAAAUCCCCUUCAUACUUUUGCAUGGGGUAUCAUAAUCCCCUCUGUGAUUUUCAUUAUAGAUAUAUAGAUAUCAGUGCUCCAAAUUAAAUUCUGUUUGCUAAAGGCAUUGUAUUUACGUGCUUUAUGCAAUAGACUUUUAAAUUGUGUAUAAUUGUAUUUGAACUUGAUGAAAUAAGUAAAAAUCACAGAGGGGAUUAUGAUACCCCCUGCAAAAGUAUGAAGGGAAUUUUGUAACACCCUGUCAUUUUUCAGUCUAGGGGAUUUUGAUCAAGGGGAUUUUGAUUGUCUCCCGUUGUACUGGUCAGAAUGAAGUCGCUGUGAAAAUGGCCAACAACGCUGUUCAGUUUAUAUCAGUCGGCAGUUCAUUGUAUAAGUUAAGAAUUAUCUGUAGAAGGUGGAGACUGUUUGGGAAUGGCUUACUGUAUUGGAGAGCUGUGGACAUCUACCGGAUUGAAUGGUGUUAAUGUCUACAGUACAUCGGGUACUCGGCAGAAAACAAUUAGAAAGGGUACCAAUGGUCAGAAUAUAUUUAAAUCGUAUACUCAACAUAUGGCAGUCAGUGUGGAAACUGUUAUUGUAACAGACCACAGUGAUGGCGCCGUCUGUCUGGAAAGAGAUUAUACGGUACAAAGAGAAUUGCGGGACGGAAGGCUUGUCGACACGACAGGCGUGUGUGUAUCCAGUGAUGGAACUGUGUUCCUGUCUGGACGCAGUUCACACAAUAUUGUGAUGUUUGAUAAGAACGGGAAAUGCCUCGGAGAGUUGGUAGCCAAAGACGCUUGUCUGAGGUAUCCAGUUUCGUUGCAUUAUGACGACAAAAGGAAAUGUUUAAUUGUAACAUGUAAUUCUUCUGAUAAAAUAAUUAUUUUUGAUAUAUCCAAUUAAAUCAACAAGUUCUUUGUACUUUUAUAGAAGCAACUUAGAGCUAAUCAUGAGGUUAACUGAAAUUGUAAUGUCAAUAUGACGUUAUGCGCAAACCUAUUUUAUCUGAAUAAAUAUAUACAUAAAAAACGAAUAUAUUCAAGAGUGAAUGUUUUAAUAUUGCAACAGAAAAAAAUAUUAUCGUCUUGUAUCGUUCUCGCUUUAAACAAAGAAGUAUAUUUUUAUAGCUCUUUGCUUUAAAUAUGACAAAUAUGUUUUAUAAGUUAUAUUACGUUAAAUACAUUUUCAAAUGUCUUUAACCACGAAAAUGGAUUGAAAGAGUAAAAAUUUUAUAAUGAAAUAAUAGCAUGACAGAAUUUGGUCAUAUACCACCGCUACAAUUUGGGGUCUCAUGUUUGACUGAAAAUAUUUUUCUUGCAUCAAACAUGACCCCGACUUUUCUUUUGAUUUUAUUCAGCACUGAAAAUAUGAAGAAUGUAAGUUACUGACAUUAAAAUGGGCCCUGAUGUAUGCUGCAUCCAUUAGAAAUAUGUUAUUUUUGUAUAGAAUAAAGAAGAGCAGUUA